UGUCGCUGCAGGACAGGCAUUGGAAUUUGGGUUGAUUACGCCAGGCAUAGAAAAGGAAUCCCGGGACAUCUAUUUGGUGCGCCAGUUUAGAGUUUGACCCCGUUGGAUUGCGUCCACUAAUCUUGAUGGGUCAUUAGUUCCGCCUGAACAUAAUGACUCCCAAACGAAAGCGCCGCGGACGCAGCGAACUGCGGGCCAGGAGCAAAGCCAAAGGACAGUCGGAGGCAGAGCACCUGCAACUGCUCGAGGAUCUGGAUUUGGCGGACAGCUGCUGCGAGAUUUGCCACUGCGAUUGCUACAGCUCCCACAGCAGCGGUUCGGUGAGUGGGCGUGGCAUUCAGCGGCAGAAGAGCCUGAAGGAACUAGUGCAACUGGACAAGGAUAUUCAGGCCUUGGAGCAACUGCAGCGAAGGGAGAGUGCCAAGAGCAAAGGAAGGAGCGCCAGUAGCCAGGGUCACCGGAGUGCUUCCAGAUCGCCAACGGAGAGGGGGAAGUCCCCGCACAGUCGACUUGGAUCUGUGCAUACAGAAUCUGGCCGGAGUCGGCGGUCCAAGAGCGCAGGUAGCCAACGCAGGAGUGAUUCCCGCGAAAAGCCUUCGCAGCAGAAAGUCGAGCCCACUCCUCAGGAUCGUCGACGACGCGGUGCUCAAAGGGAUUGCAAGAUGCUGCAACAUUUUCUGAGUCCCCUGAACGACGCCCCCGCUCUGUCCAUCAUCGGACGGGCCAAGUCCAAAUCGCAGGACAAUGUGGCUUUGGUGGCAGGCCAAACGCAGGCCAAGAAGACCUCGCUGUGCACAUCGAUGGCCAACUUGUGCUUGGCGCCCACGGUGCGGGCCGCCUUCCAGCAGGUGCCCAGCCACGACCAGAAGAUCCUGAACCGCAUGGCGGGAAAGCGCAGUCAGCAGGCCGCCGACAAGGAGACGGCCUGGUUAGCGCGCAAGUUCUGGGAGAACGAACGACUGGAGCGGCAGCUUCUCCGCGUGGAGCAGCUGGAGGCCUACAAGCAGGCCGUGCACGACAAACAGUUCCAGGACUACCUGGUGACCAAGGCGCGACUGCAGGCCUUGGCCGAAAGGGAUCUGGCGGAGCUAAAGCGAUUGCGUGGAGCUCUGGACGCCAAGGAUGCGGCGGCCAAGAAGCGGCUGGAGGCCAGGCGGCUGGAAAGAGAUCUGAAUUUCUGCCAGCGACGCUGCGAGGAGCUGCGACGCAGUGAGGCCGUCACGGUGCAGCAGGAGGAGCAGCAUUUGGACGAAACGCUGCGCAAGCGCGACAUCUGCAUGCGGCUCACCCAACGGCUGCGUCGGGCGGACGAGUUGCGGAGCCAACUCCUGGAGGCUUAUCUUAAGCGAAUGCAGCACGACAACUAUGUGGAGCAGGCCCACCACGAGGAGCAUUGGCGGGAGCGACAGCAGGAGGAGCGAAUGCGUCGGGAUCAGCUGCGCGAGGAUAUCGAGCGCAAGCGGCAUCAGUCGCAGCGCUUUGUUGAGUGUCGCCAACGACGGCAGGAUGACCGCUUCCGUACCGCCAAGAUCUCGGCCAGUCUAAGGGAGCUGGUCCGCCAGUCGGUCACUCCCGAAGGAGCUACUGGUGGCUCCGUGGGGCAGGAUGCCCCAACCCUCAACUCGUACGCCCAGCAACAGGUGCAGCUGGGACGCCUGCUCUUCGAACAAUCUUCGAGGCAAUGA